AUGGACAAAAGUACCUCUUACGUAUCGAAGGAAAAGUAUACCGCUUUGGCCAAUGAGAUACGGAAGUGGGAGGACGAUUUGUGGCAUACCAAGCACCAGAAAGCCCAGUCUGAAGAGACUCCUGAUUGUGCUUCAAAGAAGACGAAUAUCAGAGAGAGCCUUGCAACCGUCACCCCGGCGCAUGUAUCGUCAUUGCGGCUGUUUUGGGAAAGCCUUAUGAUCAAGGAAACUGUGGAAGCAGGUCUGGAAAGACCACUUCGACAGAUUCAGGUUCCUACUCCUUCAAGUAAAUUCAAGGCCAGUGCUUCCAAGAAAGUCUCAAAUAUCGACGAAUACUUAGCUACAGAAUCGACUGGCAUCGAGAACCCUGAAUUACCGCCACCUCCUACCGGAAUUGAUGAGACGUUGGCUCCUGAGGCGGACAUUCCAUCGGAUUUGCCACCUCCACCUCAACUUUCGGAUGUAGAAGACGUCCAUUCCAAAUCGGCUGGUUUUAUCGAUCUCGAGGAAUCUCCCAAACACGAAUACUUUGGUGAGUUUGUUAAGCUGGAAGGUUAUUGCAAUUUUGGGAAAGCGCAUGAGUAUUUAAGCUUUACUUUUACAGUUCCCGAGUGUCCAAGGACGGCACAGCCACUAGUUUCUCAUCGAUACUACAGCCGACCACGACUCGGCGCUAGCAGUGGCUUCACCCGCGGCGUUUUGCGAAAUUGGCCAAAUUCAAGCAACCUUAAUGAGAGUCCUCCAGUUGAGAAAGCGAAAGCUCAGCUCCCACGCCAGCGCUCCGUCACCUUCGAACCGAAGCCUGGCUCCGCUCCUGGUGAUUCAGAGGCAGAGGUUGAAGGGGACGUACCGUCUGUUGGAACCUCUGCCUCUUCCGCCCCUUCCUCUUCUCUACGAGGAAGAAGUUCCAUCUUUAGUGAUCCUGAGGAGCGGUAUAAGUAUGUUGAUGGAGGAUCUCUUGGUAUUCUCGAAAGUGCCGCACGUCUCGCCAACUCUGUUGAUCGCCUCAGUCGAAAUAGUCGUUCUCAGCGCUCCUCUUUAGCAGCUGGUGACAAAUCUGCAGCGUCAAUUUCAGAUACUGGUGAGGUUUGUAGUAUUGGCGGAGCUAGUUCUGUAAGUUCUGAUGACGGCAGCGGUGAUAGCGACUCGGUGAACUCUGAGCCAACCAGCGCCCGCCCCUCCAUUAUCCCUGCCGGUGUACUAGUCUCGCCGUCAUCCUCAAGGGGUCGAAAGUCGUCCGAUGCGCAGAGACGAAUCAGCCGGGAGGCAUCAGCUCUUCUCGAUUUCGAUUGUCCGCCUUCGCCUGCUGCGAGGAAAGGGCGCCCGUCACGCAGCAAUACUGAAAUUGCUGCGGCGGAGGCAAUCACAUUACGCAGAUUAGAGCGAAUGAAGGAUAUUGCCGACCUUAUAACUCGCGAGAAGUCGCUAAUAAUGGAAGUAAGCAAUCAACUAACCGAAUUGCACUCCUCUGCCAGAGCCGUUACUACUGGCAAAUCGACCAAAUCCGGUAGCAUCAGUGGAGCGUCUGUUUCUGCUAACGAAGCCUCCUUGGUGGAUCUCAACUUGCGUUUCUUGUUGGCAUGUCAGCGACGGCAGUCGUUGCUUGAGGAGUUGGGAUUACUGCAUAAGGGUUCGCCGGUGCUUGUGCCGCCGAUGCGCGGAGAGCCUUUGCGAGCGCGGCUACAAUUGCACGCUGUUCGGGUAGCGCUUAAGCCACCCACCUCUGACGGUGGCGGCGGCUAUGUAGUCGUUGGAGUGGGUGAUAGGCUGCGCACUGCGGAUGGCGGGCGGCCAGUGAAGUAUCACAUCCUUGCCGUGCUAAAAUGCGUCGGUGAGGGGAGGAUCUACCACACCCAGACAGUAACACUCAUGCGAGUGGCUGACCUUCCACCUGGUACUGUUCGGGCAGCCCAUUUCAUUGAUCUCCUGGCAGAUAUUGAUAUCGUGCCCUUACGUCCAGACUUUGUCAUCAACAUCGAGAUCUACUGCCUACAGACAGGUGGCAGUGGUGUUGGUAGUGGGGGUGGUGGUGCCUCAACGGAUCGCUACCAGCCUUCAGGUCUGCAAACACCGGUAUCGAGAAGAACCAAUACUUCUAUCCUCGAGAAAUCACCCAUUACCUCAUCUGCCAAGAAGUGUGGUGGGUUCAACAUGACUUCCCUGUUGCUCUCAGCGAAGAAAAAGAAGUAUUAUGUAUCACAACCAAAGGAGGAAAUUGAUCUCUCCGCCGCCUUUACUAUGCUCUCCUCGGUGAGUUUUCGUCAUCACGACGACCUUCUCUUCGGUCGAGUCCCACGUCUAAGGUCGGGGGCCGUAAGAGGCGACGAUGCGAACAUCACGGGGGGACCAUACACAUUAACAGCACCUGAAGGACAGGAGAACGGUGGGACGGUAGAGAUGCCACUUUUCCUAGAUGGACUUCCUCGAUCCUCCCCACUUGCGGGUCCACUUGGCUUGAGUGACAUCGCGGUGCGGCUACAAUCGGCGGUUCUUAAACGGGGAUUUCUGGUAGGUUUUCGGUCAACUUCAUUCCAUCAAAUUGUUGUAUUGCGUCUUGCAUGGACUGGUCUGUUUGUGGUUCGUCGGGAGCGUCGAAGGCACGUUAUGAGGAACUCGAUGUCAAUGUCGAGCCUGCGUUGGGCGUGUGGCGGGCAGACGAUCGAUGGGCUUGCGAUAAUUGCUGCUGUAGAGAUUAGUCGUUUGCUGACGAUAUGGGAUGUCUUAUCGCCUUCCUUUCAGUCUACGGUGUUUGAUGAGUCCGGUGGAAUGGGUGUGUGGACUCGUUGUUGGUGCAAGCUCUCCGUUGAUCAGCUGGUCUUCUGGCGUUACCCUGAAGACGAGCUAGAGGCUGCUAUUGCAUCACCUUCCGCAGCAGCAGCUCCAAUUGGUCGCCUUGACCUGCGUCGUAUCGUUGCGCCGUGGGCGGUGCAGGCGCCUCAAAAGAUCUGCGUACGCUCUAACACCUUAUACAUGCGUUCUCUGGUCGCGGUGAAUCCAAAGAUGCUCUUUCGCGGUGCCACAUCUGGUGAUGGGGAGCAAGCCUCCAACCAAAGUUCUGUUCCCGCUGUCAGUAUUCUCUUACGUGCCUCGUCGGACUACAAGUGGAUGGAGCAGCGUCACUUGAUCUGUGCGGACUCGGAGGCGGAGAUGGAAUGCUGGCUGAAGCAGCUGAAUCGGGCUCUUGGGGUUCUUCAACGCUGGAUGCCUGAACAUUUCGCUCGCUUGGCUCGAUAUGACUCGGGUCUUACCUUUACCCAACCCGUGACUGCCAGUAUCGCCUCCCGACUGAAGCAGUGGUAG